GUGACAUAGCAGAUACUUUUUAUUGCAGUGUGUUGUGUUCCUGACGUGCGUCCACUUUUUCCUCCAUUUUCCCUCACUCUUGGGAAAAAUGGAAGUCUGGAAGCGCCCGACGAGAACUAGACGAGGAAAUCUAAACCAUCAGAAAAGGAAAAUCAUCACCAGAGGCUGGAUCAGAAAACUAGAAGAUAGGAGCGAGGGUGGGACUGGUGUACACUGGGUACCGCGGGAAGGCCUUAUCCGGGGUGAACCCAAGGGGAGCUUGGGACCAACCAGGAGUUCCCGUUACGAAGGCGACAGCCCGCGAGCCGCACCUCCCCUUCCCCCACUCCGGCCCCAGCCGGGCCUCAGCUCCGGCGCCGCCACCGCCCCUGUUUUGUUUCCAUGGCGACAGGCAGCGCGAAGCCGGCUCCAAACAUAACGCGCUGUGGAAAACAUGCGGCUCGGGGGACCCCCCCGCAACGUCCGCUCCGGGCAGAGAUUUGAGAGGUCCCGGUGUAGUCGAGGCCAUGUGCAGUUUGGCAAGAGCCCCCAAAGGCCGUUAAGCCGCACCAGAUGCCCCUCUUCCAAGCCCUGCUUGUCUCCGGCGGUUCGUGGCUAUGCUCGGCAGAGGCACCGUGAAUCUCCCAAGCGCGCCUGGACCGCAGCCCUGCUGCCUUACGGGGGCCGCCUCAGGACGAGCCCUCGGCGCUCCUCAGAAGGGCAAUGCUCCACCUCCUCCAGUGCAGCCGCUUCUCCAGCCGCGAGAAGCCACGCCUCCCUAGACCUCAAACUCCGAGUGGCUACACAGGCAGAGACCAGGGGCUGUUCCUCCUGGCGAGAGAAGGCGGACGCUUAUGAGAGGGUGCUUCCGGGUCAGAGAAUGUGCAAGAUGGCGGCGCCCAUGGAGCUAUUCUGCUGGUCUGGGGGCUGGGGAUUGCCGUCGGUGGACCUGGAUAGUCUGGCCGUGCUGACCUAUACCAGAUUUACAUGUGCUCCACUGAAGGUACACAAGAUCAGCAAUCCUUGGCAGAGCCCUUCAGGGACUCUGCCUGCUCUUCGAACCAGUAGUGGAAAAGUCAUCACAGAACCACACAAGAUCAUCACCCACCUUCGUAAAGAGAAGUAUAAUGCUGACUACGAUCUGUCAGCUCGACAAGGAGCAGAUACCUUAGCCUUCAUUUCUCUGCUGGAGGAGAAACUACUCCCUAUGCUAGUGAGUACUCCCAGCCUGCAAGGGGACAUACUCAGAGUGCCAGGAGACUUAGUAGCCUGCCCGGUGUCAGGCAGCUGCACUGGCUCAGACUCUGUCUUCCUUUCUGUCUGCCCAAUCCAGAUCCAUACUUUUUGGAUAGAUGCCAAGAACUAUGUGGAAGUGACCCGAAAGUGGUAUGCAGAGGCUAUGCCCUUUCCCCUCAACUUCUUCCUGCCUGGCCGCAUGCAACGCCGGCACAUGGAGCGGCUGCAGCUACUGUGUGGCGAGCACAGAUUGGAGAGCGAGGAGGAACUAGAAAAAGAGCUGUAUCAGGAGGCUCGGGAGUGCCUAACCCUUCUCUCUCAUCGUCUGGGCUCUCGGAAGUUCUUCUUUGGAGAUGCCCCUGCCUCCCUGGACGCCUUUGUUUUUAGCCAUUUGGUCCUGCUGCUGCAGGCAAAGCUGCCCAGUGGGAAGCUGCAGGCCCACCUUCGGGGGCUGCAGAACCUCUGUGUCUACUGCACCCACAUCCUCAACCUCUACUUUCCCCGGGAUGCAACUGACGUGCCACCGCCUCCAUGCCAGACACCAGCAGGCCCUGAGACCGAGGAGGAACCAUACCGGCGGCGGACCCAGAUUCUAUCUGUGUUGGCAGGGCUGGCAGCCAUGGUGGGCUAUGCCUUGCUCAGUGGCAUUGUUUCCAUCCAGCGUGCAAGCCCUGCUCGGGCCCCAUGCACACAGGCCUUGGACUUGGCUGAGGAGGAUGAAGAGGACUGAUGUUCUUGUUCCCAGGACUGAUUUUUCUAUUCAUGCAUUCCAAAUGCCCCUUUGUCCCCCCAUUGUUGGAGCAGCCAAAAAUGGGGUGCUAUCCUCAGAAUAAAAUUGUUUACACUA